AGAUUAAAAAUGUUUGUGUUUAAUUUAUAAAGAGUCUGUUUUGAAUCAUUCAAACAGGUAAUAUCACCAGAUCUAACAUUUAGUCAGAUUUAAACACAAACACAUGCCAGCUCAUAUGACCUGUCAUGUCUCUGCUCGGCUAACAGUUACUGUCAUGGUUUAGGUUUGAAGUUUCGCUUUCAGUUUUGCAAAUGGUGGAGCGAACCUGAAUUUGCAUGACAUGGCAGCAUCACAGUGAUGCAGCAGUAUUUGUGAAGGGGUCUCUGAGAAACGCCAACGAGUGCAUACACAGUGCAUACACUUAUCUUACUUUGGACAUGUCAAAAGAAUCCUGCAAAGAGCAAGUAAGUAGUGAGCGCAUGCAGCUCAGUGAGGAGCAGCUGCAUCAGAUAGAGCAGAACAGACGUGCUGCACUUGAACGACUGGCCAGCCGAAACGUACCUGUACCUGUUGGUGAAAGCUGGCGAAGACAAAUUGGGACUGAAUUUACAAAACCUUAUUUUACAAAACUAAUGUCUUUUGUUACAAUGGAGAGGAAAUGCUUUACUGUCUAUCCCAGCCCUGAGCAAGUGUUUUAUUGCACAACUUUGUGUGCAAUUGAAGAUGUAAAAGUGGUCAUUCUUGGGCAAGACCCCUAUCACCAUCCAGGUCAAGCCCAUGGUUUGGCCUUCAGUGUGCUGAGGCCUAAACCUCCUCCUCCUAGUUUGGAAAACAUAUUUAUGGAGUUGAAAGAAGAUAUUGUUGGCUUCCAGCAUCCAGGUCAUGGAGACCUUACAGAAUGGGCUAAACAGGGUGUUCUGCUGCUGAAUUCUGUGUUGACAGUGAGGGCUCAUCAACCCACCUCUCAUGAGGGUCAAGGCUGGGAGCUCUUCACAGAUGCUGUGGUCCUGUGGCUCAGCAGGAACCUCAAUGGCCUGGUCUUUCUGCUUUGGGGCUUGUAUGCUCAGAGGAAAGGCAGAGUGAUUGACAGAAAACGUCAUCAUGUCCUUGAGACUUCACAUCCAUCACCAUACUCGGCACAUUUAGGCUUCUUUGGAUGUAGGCACUUCUCUAAAACUAACAUGCUACUUAAAGCAUCAGGAAAAAAUCCGAUUGAUUGGACAGCUCUCUGAAAUAACAUACUAUUUUAUAUUACUAUUAAAAAUAUAAAUAUUUCUGGUAAAACAGAGAGGCUGUGAACAUUAAAUAUUCUACAUUACAGUUAAAUGUUUUGCAUUUUAUACUGCAAUUAUGUUGCAAAUGGGUCACAACUGCCAUGUAGAGAGGUUGAACUUCUAAUAAUCAUGCCAAUUGUUAUAAUGCAAAUGAUUACAUUAUUUGGACAAUAAAUGAAUGCAGUUAAUUAAUGUAUUUCAUUAGUCAUAUUGGACAAAAGGAGUGUAAUUUUAUGGACUGACCACAUAUUUCAGCUUCAAAUUAAAACGUUAAAAACAAAAACUUAUUGUUAUAUAUAUAUAUAUAUAUAUAUAUAUUAGUGCUGUUUAUGUACGCAAUUAUUUUUUCAGUUUUUUUCAGUUUAACAUUAUUUAAUGCAAUUAACACACCAUCCAUUUUCCUCCAUCAUCCUUUGGCUAGCUUUACAAUAUAAUGAUCAUGCUCUUAUUCAAGCAAAUGCUAUAUGAAUGAGACAACUCGCUGUCGGAGAGGAGAGCAAGAGCAAGAGCACUUUUAAUUUAGCAGCCUUUUCCAAACCUGAGUAUUUUGGUAAUGAUAUUCCAAAUAGCUUAGGAAAAACCCCACAAAACAUCACAAUAUUAUAUAUUGUGAAUUUGUGAUAUGGCGUCUGCAACUUAUGAUCACACGAGUGGGUGCACACGCUACUAAUAUCAUUUUGCUGGGUUUUUUGGUAUAUGCUGGUUCAUGCUCUGAGUGCAUUAAGUUAAUCGCUACUCUGAUAAAUGAUUCCUAUGAGCCUUUAGAAAUGAAAAAAUUCCAUACAGACUAAUAACUCAGCUUUGAAUAUCAUGAUGUUGUCAAAUAAACCAAUACGAAACUUAAACAGUGUGUGUAUGAUUUGAAAAGAAAAAAGAAACCCAAACAAAUGCCACUUUAAAAUUUAAACCAGCCUUUUCCAAACUUGCCCAG